AAUAAAGAAAUCAAUUGGAAAAUAAACGACAAAUAGAGAUCGAAGACCAUUGAUGAAACAAAACCCCCCAAGAAGAUUGAAGAAGCAAAAAGAUGUCUUUAGGAAACGGUGAAGUAGCUGGGCCCCAGCUUUUCGAUCUUCUUUCCUCUCUCCUCAAUGAGGUGGAAGCAUUAUCAGAUGAGGAGGAGGUUGAUUUACGUGCCAAAAUUGAUGCUCUUAAAUUAGAAGUUACGAAAGUGCCUUCUCAAUCUCUACAGCAUACUGAUGAUACUGAGUUAGAACUAGCCAGUAGAUUGGAUCAUUUGUCAUCGAAGCUGGAUGAAGUGGAUGAGAUGAUCUCAUCAUCAGAUCCUGAAGUAAAAUCUCUCUUGAGCAGUACUGCUGAUGUAUGGAUGCCUGUAAUAACAGCUUCUUCAGAGGAACGUCGCAAAUUUUCAUCAUCCGUCAAAGUUGGUGAGCCUAAAGCAGAAGAGAACAACUCGAGUUCUUUAACCUAGGGCAAUAAUGCCUUUCUGCAAUGAUUUGUCUCCAUUCUUAUUCUUUCUCUCUUUGAAUCCCUUCCUUUAAUGAUCAUUUUAAUACUUCCUUUGUCUAAAAAUUUGUAAUAUUUUUGACUUGUACGUUUUUCAUCGCACAACUUCGACCAUAAAUAUAUCUUUAAAUAUUUAUGAUAAAAUAAAUUUUUUUAUA